AAUUUGCUUUCCUGAGCUGUUUUAUGCUCUUAAUUUCCCUUGUCCACAAAGUAACAAUAAAUAACCUUUACAAAGAACGAAAUUAACGAAACACUAUCGAAUCAAAACCUCAUUCCCGUCUACAUCCAUUGCCGCUCCCCAAAUCCCUGUCUCUUUCAUCUUAUCCAGUUUUCUCUCUGUUUUUACCUUUUUACUAUGCCUUACUUGCCCACGAAGCAACAGAAAGAAACAAACGAAAACCGAAGGCCAUAUCCGUCAUUUCAUCUCCAGCUCCCACCUCCGACGUUUAUAUGAACCCGGCCUCCUCUCCUCCUCCUAAUUUCUCAAUCUUUUAGGGGGUUUUUCUUUUUCUUAAUAAAAACCUCUCUUCUCCUUCCUUGCUUCUUCGCUGAAUAUUUGAAAAAUUAUCACAUCAUUUGCCUUCUUCCCUCCUCCGUCAAUCGUCCACCGCGCCCGCGGCGGCGCCCUGUUGAUUUAUUUCCGCAUUAGCAAUUUCUGUACAAGAGAUAGCCUGACCGGGAGAGGAAACAAUUAGUUUUUUCUUUUGCCCCGUUCCUGAUUCCAGGUUUGAAUGUUAUCGGAGAAAGCCUCGAAGUCGGAUUUCUCCAUACGUAUAGUUUGGAGGGAAAUUAUGAUGAGCUAACAUUCAAUUCAUUUCCCUGCCGUAAUAAUAUAAAAAGAAAAGAGGAAAAUUGAAUUCAAUUGUUGAUUGUUCGGAGGUUCUUUUAGGGGUUGGGUUGGGGUUUGGCUCCCGCCGGCGGAGAUCCUCGAAACGACGGCGUGAGGGUUUGCGGCGUCGUUUCAUUGGAGGAGGAAGAAGAGAGGGGUAGAAUUCGGCGGAAGAGAAGAUGUGUGCGGCGGCGGCGACGGGGGAGUGGUGGGGGAGAGGGAUAGUUGGGCAGAUCGGGGGAGGGUUUAGCCACGAGAGCGAGCAUGAUUUGGCUCUCAUGGUCAGCGAUUUCCUCGAGAACGGCGGCAGCAGCGGCGGCGCUGAGUCCUGGUGCAGUAGCGACAGCGAGUCGGGUCUCUCCGAUCUCCAUUCCCUUGCCCAUAAAAUCACGUUCUAUAAGCACUCGGUGACCCGCUACGAGAGCGAAUUGCUGUCGCUGGUGCAUUCUCUCAUCGUCUCCAUCAAGGAGACAGACCUUCAUCUCGUGGAGUCAGGUUCUUGCAAUGCCAGCUGCAUCAGAUUUUCCUUGGUGAAGCUCCUGAGGUUUUCUGGAUAUGAUGCUGCUGUCUGUUCAUCUAAGUGGCAGGGUGCUGCCAAGGUCCCAGGAGGUGAUUAUGAAUAUAUUGAUGUGAUCAGCCUCAGCGAAGCUGGAAUUUCAGAACGUCUGAUCAUAGACAUCGACUUCAGAAGCCACUUUGAAAUAGCUAGAGCGGUCGACUCGUACGACCGCAUACUACAGCUACUUCCUGUAGUUUACGUGGGGUCAUUGCCCCGGCUGAAGCAGUAUCUUCAGGUCAUGGUCGAUGGUGCCAAGUCAUCGCUGAAGCAAAACUCAAUGCCUCUUCCACCGUGGAGAUCCCUGGCUUAUCUGCAAGCCAAAUGGCAGUCUCCAUAUCAGAGACUGUUUGCCCCAGAUGGGCGGCACAACUUGUCGAGCAGCAGCAGCAGCAGCAUUUCCACAUCAUCUUCAUCCGAUCACAACUGGCAGUGUGGUGGGCAUCUCAGAAGGCUGCAAUCCUCUAUUCACUACGAAGUCGAGGAAGAACGCCUUCUGAGGCCUCUGAACAAUGACAACAACAGCAACAGGAUGGUUAAGCGGGAGAGGCGUCGGAGAUACUCCUUGUUAAGGGGUGGUCUCUGAAGAAACCAAAUGACAUCUGCAGAGAGAGUGUAUAGAGAAAUUCGGCUGUCGGAAAUGGGAGGUUCCAUUUCUUCUUUACAUUUUUUUCCCAGGAAGAGUUUUUUUUUUUUAACUACCAAUUCUAUUGCGGCUUUUCUUUCUUCUUCUUCUUCUUCAUUGGUUCUUUUUGACCUGAGAGAGAAAUAAAUCGUCGGCGGGAGCAGAGUUCAAACGGAGUUUACAAGGAAUCACAAGACAAAUACAUUACUGUUGAGGCAUUUUUUCUUCUGUAUCGUAAUACUUCUUUUACAUUCAUCACAACAAGUUGGGGGCAAUCCGUGGAUCACAAGGACUGACUUACCAGCAGCAGAGGUUCAUGAAGAGACUUGAAUACCCAUAGAAAGGAUAUAUACUGUUCUAUUCUUUUUUACAUUGUUGUGCUUCAGUUUUGAUUGUGUUAUUCCUUGCCAGGUAUUUGGUUGGCCAAGGAAUUCCUCUCUUUGUUUGCCCUUUAUUCUUCUGUUCUUCAUUUUGAUCAUCUGUAUACGAAACAAUAAUUUGUGAGGUAUCUUUUAGCAACUACAAUUAUUAUAUGUCAAUGUCGAGAUUAGUGGUUGAUUGUUCAAUUAAUGAUGUUUGGGAAU